AUGAAUGAAAAUUGUAGCCCUUGUUCAAAUUGUAACUAAUUAAUUGAAGAUACUAAAUUGGUUCUUCAUGAAACUUAUUGCAUACGUUUCAAUAUUAAAUGCGAUAGAUGUGGGUAAUAUUAUGACAAAAAUGAUCCUGAAUCUCAUGAAGAAGAUUACCAUAAAAAAGAAAAAUGCUAGUAUUGUUACGUAGAAUUUGAUGGUUAUCAUAUUGUUUUGAUUUCCUAGAUUUAUCUAAACAUAAAUGCCAAAAAACACCUAAAUUAUGUUUGUAUUGUGAACUCAGUUAUCCAUUGGAUUAGAUUCAUCAACACGAGAAUCAGUGUGGAAGCAGAACUGAAAAGUGCCAGAUGUGUUAGAAUUAUGUUAUGAAAAGGGAUUUGAAUGCACACUAUCAGAAUUGCAGUUAGGAGAUACAAACAAGAGAGAAACAAAUUUAAAGACCAUCCUCUAUUUAAGAAAAACGCUAAAAUCCAAAUGAGGAGAUUAAUGAGUUGUAUCAACAACAAAAGAGUUAAUAGAAAUAAUCAAUUAUCGAUGCAUUGCCAUAAUAGGUUAAAACAAAAAAAUAAGUUCCCCAAUAAUAGUAAUAAUAAUUAAGCAAAAUACCUUCAAAGGAGAUAAGUUUUGGGUCAAUUAAAAAGCAAACAUCGCUACAGCAUUAAGUAUCUUAGGAUAAUAAACAAAAAGAGUAGAUUGAAUUUGAUAAACACUUUAAGUAUAUACCAAAUAGACCUCCAUCAUCAAAUUCUUUAUUGGGAUAAAGACCUAACCUUAAAAAUAACAAACCAUCUAUAUCUUAAAAUAGAAUAAGACAACAGAGUAAUUAAAAGCAAGUGAAUCCAAAAGGAGAAGUGAAUAAUCUUGAGUUCUAAUUUGAAAAAAAGAAAUUAGCAACCAAGCCCAAGAAUUCAAAUUUGCCUCCUCUUGGAAGAUAAAUUUAGAAUCCAAAGCAAAAUCUCGAAAUUAAAAAUAGCAAUCAAGAUGUGAGAACGAAAAGUCUUUAAUCAAGACAACAAGUCAAAAGGAGUGUAUAAAAUUUUGCAGAAAAAAAAGAGAAAAUUGAAAUUGAAGGGUUAAGGUUUUCAGAGGAAGAGUUAAUGCAAUAAAAAAUGAUCUACGAACAACUGAAGUAAUAGAAAAGGGAUUCCAAUCUUAAAGAAUAACCUCUUGUCAAAAGAUAAAAUUCUAAUUCUAAGGCAAAGGCAGCUAUAGAGCAUUCAGAUUUUGGAGACUAAGGGGAUUUCGAUUAGUUUAUGAGUCCAGAGGAACGGGCUAUGCAAUAAUUGAUAUUGGAUAACUAUUAAUUGAAUUCGAAAAAAUAAUGA